AAUGUCUGAAGAACAAGAAAUCGAUUGGGGAGUUGGUGCUUAAGCAUUAUAUUAUAUGUCAAGAGCAACAAAAGAUUGCAGUAAAAGAUGUGGAGCAUUAAAAGUGAAUAGAGAUUUUAAUGAGUCUGAAGCAGAAUGUCUAAGUAUUCUAAUCAAAAUUAAUAAUUUCUAUAGAAAAAUGUGCUGUGUACCAUGCCGGAGCAUCAAGUACUCAUAUGAGAUUUUUAAUCAACUAUGCUGAGACAGUGCAUCUGCAAUGAAAGU